UAUCUUCUAGCGUUUUAAUCUACCAGUAACCUUUUAACGAAACGAAAGUAGAGUUUAAAUAUUGGGACAUGAAAAAGAAGUUUGGAAAAGAACAAAAGAAAAUGUUAAAAAUGUGGAGGAUAUUUGCAAUCUGCUUUAAUCUGGUGUUUGCAACAACGGAUUACGAAUGCCCCUCAGCCAUUCCAACAUUAAGUGCUGUCAAAAGAUGUCCUGGAAAUAGAACAGAAUGGAUCCAAGCAUCAAAUCAGAAGAAAUGUUCUUUUAUCAAACAGAAUUGUUCAUCAGAAUCAGACUUUCAGUAUCACUGUUUGUUAAAUCAAAAAGCAGAUGGUUUUGUUGAAGUCUGCCUGCCAGUGCGUCUAAUAGUCGGACACUUUUGCCCAUUUUAUGACUCCGAGAAAGCAAGAGUCGACAAUCACUACACCAUACCGUGUCAAGAUCAUAAAGUGAAUUGUCCGCAACAUUAUCGUUCAAAUGAAGCCUAUAAAU